CCUCCUCCCAGCUCACCUCAGCCGCACCAUCUACCAUGGCCGCCUCCACCCUGUCCGCCUGCUCCAGCAACCUGAGCUAUGGCAACCGCGCCUGCCUGCCCGGGUCCAGUGACUCUUGCACCGACUCCUCCUGGCAGGUGGACGACUGUCCAGAGAGCUGCUGUGAGCCCUGCUGCUGUGCCCUGGUCCCCACCCAGACCCUCAUCUGCACCCCAGUGAACUGCAUGUCCAGCCCCUGCCAAUCAACCUGCACCAGCUCCUGCAUGCCCUCAUGCUGCCAGCAGUCUAGCUGCCAGCCCUCCUGCUGCACCUCCUCCCCCUGCCAGCAGGCCUGCUGUGUGCCCAUCUGCUAUAAGCCAGUGUGUUGCAAACCUGUCUGCUGCACACCCGUCUGCUGCAAGUCCCUGUGCUGUGAGCCCGUCUGCUCUGGGGCCUCCUCCUGCUACCAGCCCACCUCCUGCACCUCAUCCUGCUACAGACCCUCCUCCUGCGUGUCCCUCAUUUGCCGCCCCGUGUGCAGACCUGCCUGCUGUGUGCCCACCUCCUCCUGCUGUGGCCCUGCCUCCUCCUGCUGUGGCCCUGCCUUCUCAUGCCAGCCCAGCUGCUGCACCUCAUCCUGCUGCAGACCCUCCUCCUGCGUGUCCCUCAUCUGCCGCCCUGUGUGCAGGCCUGCCUGCUGUGUGCCCACCUCCUCCUGCUGUGGCCCCACCUCCUCCUGCCAGCCCAGCUGCUGCCGCCCGUCCUCCUGCACGUCCCUGCUCUGCAGCCCCGUGUGCUCCCGCCCAGCCUGCUGCUGAGCAGCUCCAUCUUCUGCCUCUCGGCUGCUGUCCUUGC